GCUUUCUUCGAUCAUUUACACCAGUUGCCGUGAAGUUUGCAAAAGUCGUCUGGUAGCACUGUUUGCGACGGAUUUUUUUGCUUUCAACAGAACUGGCUGGCGUUAGCAAUGGCGAAGGCAGAAUCGAUACAUAAUGGAUUAAAAACAGACGCAACCGAUGAUGUGGAAAAAUCGCUCGAACUGCUCGAUAAGGUCCUGUCGGAGUUCGAAGAGGAACCGGAUCGUACAAACCACCACAACCAUCAUCACCACCAUCAUCAUCAUCCGGCGGUGGAACCGGACAGUCCCUCACAGGGCCACCAGUCCGAGGACGAUGGUUACAUGAGCAUGAACGGAAGAAGGGCCAAAUUUGUACCUGAUUUUCAACCGACAGACGAGGCCACAGCACCAACGCAUCCACAAGUGCUACAGCUACACCAACCAUCACAUCACCAGCAACCGCAACAGCAACAUUCGCUUCCGGUACCGACAGACGAAUCGUACUCGCCCCCAUCGCCCGAGGAAGCGGAACGAAUAAUUUCCAAUUUGCUACCCAGAAUUUCACCAAACACAUCGCCCAAAAGGCGUCUUGCGGCAGAAAAUGGUCAAACGGAGUGGCGGAGCAGAAAUCAAUCGAUUCGCACCUCGGACGCGAUCAGCAUCGGCGACAGUGACACUUCCGGCGACAACAAACCGUCCUCGCACGACGAAACCAUCAUCACAAAAAGUCCAACACAAACAACACUGCCAAAGACGCGUCCACCAAAUGCAAUGCCCCAGCGAUACGCAAGUCUUCCAUGUUCGAGUCCACCCAAGCUGCAGGAUUUCUCCGGUUCAAACGAUACUGCUGGCGGCAGUCUCGACGGUGGCCGGAACAAGCUCGGUAUCGGUAUCAGCGCCGUGCACGAUGCGGUACUACGGGGGAUGGCCCGAUUGCCCGAACCAAUCCUCAACGAGCAUCCGGUAACAAUCUACCCUGGUCGAGCAUCACCAACGCGCCGAAUGCCUCCACGCACCCUAUCCGGCUCGAUAGAACGACACCGGUUUCCCACGUCAGACAACUCCACCUCCACAUCGCAGGAAAACUCCUCGCCGGAAAACAACGAGUCUGAGUACAACGAAUCGUCCCUAUCGCCUACCCACGGGCACCUGCAACCACUGCAAGGUGGUGUACCAGUCACCUCACUGUUGAGCCGAAUAUUUCACCAAAAUGCUCCACCACCAUCCUCCUCCUCGCACCAUCUACACCAUUGUGCAGCGCGUGGCCAUCGUAUAACGCCAGUGACCGGUACCAUUCCGAGCAUACCGUCGCGAACGUCCGGACGACCGGACAGUGACGAUGAACGAUUUUCCGACGACUCGUUGGAAGAAUCCUCACUACCACCACCGCCCGGGCCACCAACCGUACCUCCGCCUCCGUCUCUUUCCGCACCGGUCACCCCUUCGAAGCGGCACAGCAUCGCCUGGGAGGUGAAUUUGGACGAUCCGGCCAGCUUCGGUGAUCCACUCAUCACCACGCCCAAAAGCUCUACUGCGGUUAGCUCGAAGGUGGUUGGCCGACGGAAAGCUGGUCCCAAGCACGCAACCAGUUCGCAGUCGAGUUUAGAAUCCACGCCAAGCAACAUCAAGAGCGAAUCGAACGAGUGGCCCGAUCCACCGGACAUACCCAUCUGCAGUACUGAGGAUGAAGCGGCCUCCAUAUAUUCCGAUUCUGACGACCUCAUACCACAUAUCCCGGACAUUAGCGGGCGCGGCACGUACAUCAUACGCAAGGGACGUCGGCAACGGCAACGUUUGGCCAGUCUGGAAUCGGAAGCGAACAGUAACAACAACAACGGUAUCCUCGUCGGACCGGACGCCCCAUCGCAAAGACCAGAUUCGCUCGGCGAAGAUCACAUCCUGCGUGGUUUACCCAGUCCCAUCUUUCCGGCCUCGAUGAUCACACCCAAAUCACGCCACAGCAUCGAUCUUGGUCUGUCCGCAACGAGCAAAUCCAGCGUUGGUGGAUCGCUCCUCAAAUCAUCCCCUUCGGCACCCCAAAAGCUACCCAACUCUGUACUCUCCCCAAGGUCACGAUUAUCAUUAGACUUAAGUUCACCUACUACCUCAGAGCUUUCAACUAAUGUUAUAAAGAUCACCACCCCGACCGGAAGCUAUCCUUCGCCGGGUGCAGCCCACCAUCACGCCUCCUCGCCGCUCGGUGCCCCACCAGCCUCAGCCCCACUGCAUACACUGAACGGUCUCAUCAGUAACGGUGGCCCACUAGCGGUCGGUGGCAGCAAUAGCCUAAGCAAAAGCACCACCAAAGCAUCCACGGCUGUCAACAACGGUAGCAGCAGCAGCAGCAGCAGCAACGGUGGGACCAGCAUUGUCAACGUUGGUUCCGGACCUGCUGGCGCCAAUCAACCGCAAUCAGCCGCACCAACGCAACCGGUCGUGUCGGCCCGGUACACCGAGUUCAAGACGUACAGUUCCACGUUUGAUGCGCUGCAGGCGCUGGACAACUCGUCCGGUGGCGGUAAUGGAGGCAGCGGAGUUGCCGGUAACAACACCACCACCACCCAUCUGAACGGUUGUAUCGGACCGGGUGUAGCAACUGCCGGUGGUUCUUCCGACAAUCCGUUGCUACGUGUAUCCUCGCUGCCUACCAUCACACCGCCGCUAACAUCCUCCGCAACAGCCGAAGGUUUGGCGACACCGCGACGAGAACUGGCUCCGCCAAUCGAAGAGGACGAAGAGGCGGACAGCGACACACAACGAGGUGCCCCGCUGCGCAAAAUAGAAGAUAACAUUAGUGCUUUAUUACGUGGUGAUAUAUCCGUUGCUAGAGUAGCCGACAUACCUCCAGCAAGACGUCCACUAGGUUUUCGUCUAGGUGUUCAUAAAUCAGAAAGUGCCAAAGAAAUGCUGCUGUCGCAGGCAGGCCUUGGACCGUUGCCACCAUCACCGCCAUCAUCCAGCCCGGAACCGCAGGACAGUGAUGAAUUUCCCCCAUUGCCUCCAUCACCGACGGAAGAACCGGAAGUCAUACAUCAGAUGCACGGUAUACGCAUCAGUUCACGCAACCGCGGUAGCAAUGGUACUCCGAACGGUUCCAGCAAACAUGAACAGCUGACACACGGUUACCGAGAGGAUCACCCGCCUGCAAUUCCGCCACAUCGUGGACCAUCGAUAAAUACGCUUAAAACAAGGUCGAUGGAUGCUGGGUUCAGUAAAUCGUACCGUAACGGUUCGUUCGGUUCGUCGACGUCCCCGCACGCCCCCGGUACACUUCCUCCCGAUUUGCCCGGAUGCAACUCGCGUCGAAGAGUCAUCACCGGUGGCUACCAGAAGCGCACCGCACAAAGUCCCCGCGAGGAGAGAUCGCUGCAAACGUCCUGCAGCCUACCGGAGACACCCAUCUUUGCCCGAGGCUGUGACAUACCAAGAACACCACAUCGACGUGCGCCAGAAGUGCCACCGCACGGUAGCGGAAGUCGCACGGCACCCAGAACCAACUCCACCACCAGCAGUCUCGGAUCGUCCGUUGUCGGCAUCAGUGCCUCGACCACGAUCGGCAGUCGACAGCGCAGCAUCAGCCAGGCGCUGGCCAACGGGGAGAUGCUGCGGCUGGCCGGCGGUCCCGCCCGGGGCUGGUACCCGAAGCAGCGCCACCCGAGACCGGCCUCCACCGAGAACCUGGACCGGUUACAUCCGCAGGGAUCGCUGCGCGCCUGGGAGGCAGCGGGUACGGGUAGCCGCAAACCGCUCACCCUACCACCAAAUCUUACACCCAAAUUUUUCAACAAGUCACCGCGUGAGGCACUGCGCCGGGUUACUAGUUUGCUCAUACGCAAAGGCAAUUCCGGUACGAAGGAAAAGGAACCGAAAAAGGAUAAGGACAAGGAGUCGCAGUCGCAUCAUCAUUCGCAACAACAUCCGCAACAACACUAUCACUAUCAGCAACAGCAACAUCAUCACCGUGAUUCGUCAUCCGUCUUCCUGCAACGUUCACCCGGUUCCGAUGUGACCGACUCGCGAAGUUUCCCGCAACACUCGUCCCAGCACACCACACCGACGACGCAGAAGAAGAAAGGUUUCUUCAAGAGCUUUUGGAAAAAGUCACGCCACUAUUCGCUGGAAAAGCAGUAAAAGGUUUCGACUUCCGCGGG